CCCCCGGGGGCAGAUUCAGGCCCCGGGUCCGAGCCUGCGCCCCUGCAGCUGCUGCCGCCGCCGCCGCCGCCGCCAGGGGGAGAGAGGCUCCGUCGGGAAACGUGGUGUGGCUUCCUCGGUGUGAGGGCCUUUCAAACUUCAGGUUUCUGGUCGUUUCCCCCGGUGGCUGAGGGGCGUCGAGGAAGAUGGAGAGCCAGUGCGGGGCGCAAACAUCAAAUCAGACGCAAACAGAUUCAUUAUCUCCAUCCCCUAAUCCUGUGUCACCUGUGCCUUUGAAUAACCCAACAAGUGCCCCAAGAUAUGGAACAGUGAUCCCUAAUCGCAUCUUUGUAGGAGGAAUUGACUUUAAGACAAAUGAAAAUGAUUUAAGAAAAUUUUUUUCCCAGUAUGGGUCUGUAAAAGAAGUGAAGAUUGUAAAUGACAGAGCUGGAGUGUCCAAAGGGUAUGGUUUCGUCACUUUUGAAACACAAGAAGAUGCACAAAAAAUUUUACAAGAGGCUGAAAAACUUAAUUAUAAGGAUAAGAAACUGAACAUUGGUCCAGCAAUAAGAAAACAACAAGUAGGGAUCCCUCGUUCCAGUAUAAUGCCAGCAGCUGGAACAAUGUAUCUAACAACUUCAACUGGAUAUCCCUACACUUAUCAUAAUGGUGUUGCUUAUUUUCAUACUCCAGAGGUAACUUCUGUCCUACCACCAUGGCCUUCACGUUCAGUAUCUAGUUCCCCUGUGAUGGUAGCUCAGCCUGUUUAUCAGCAGCCUGCAUAUCACUACCAGGCCCCUGCACAAUGUCUACCAGGACAGUGGCAGUGGGGUGUUCCUCAGUCUCCUGCCUCUUCUGCUCCGUUCUUAUACCUCCAACCUUCUGAGGUUAUUUAUCAACCAAUGGAAAUUGCACAAGAUGGUGGAUGUGUUCCUCCUCCACUGUCUCUGAUGGAAACUUCAAUUGCAGAGCCUUAUUCUGAUCAUGGAGUUCAAGCAACAUAUCACCAGGUUUAUGCUCCAAGUGCCAUUGCUAUGCCUGCACCUGUGAUGCAGCCUGAACCAAUUAAAGAACCAAGGUUACAUUCUGUGAGAAGAAGCUUUUCUCAACCUUCAUCUAUAGGUUUGAAACCUCGAUAUUCUCGAAGCCCACACUUUCAUCCUAGAAAAGAUUUCAGAGCAGAGGAUUCAAUUUUUACUCCAUCUUCCUCUACUGAUUCUGUUAAGUAGAGUCUUGGAUAACUAUUUUAUCCAAUAAUAGAAAACAACUAGCCCCAUGUAUGGUCUGGUAACAAAUAUGAGGGUUUUGGAUGUGCUUAAGGUUAAAUGUUUUUGCUUUUUAAGGGAAUUAAAGAAAUCUUGGUAGCCAGAACAUUGGAGGUGCAGGAUAAAAUCAUGGUUUCCUUUAUUUAUUCACACACACUUAAGUAACAUAGAUUUUUAAUCUGUAACAAACAGAACAAAGGUUAUAUCUAUAAAACAACAAACAUCUUGAUAAAUUUGAAAAAUUUGGUUAUCAUCUGGCUAUCUUAUCAACAUGGUAAUGUCAUAUACACCACUUAAUCUUUGGUGUUUGGAUUUUUCAGUUUUAUUCCAGAUGCUUCAUAUUUGUAGACAUAGCUAUAGCAUAUACAGAAUAUUGAUAGCAAAAGGCCAUUUGUUGUAAUAUAGUAAAUUAAAAAAAAAAACGCUGUCUUCUUAGGGAGAUAAUAUGUGUGGAAGAUUCUAGCUUCCACCUUAUUUUAGUUUCACUGUGUUUAGGUUUGUGUGUAUUUUACCUAUAUUAAAUGUUUUUGAUAAAACAUUUCAGAUUCUUGGUUUACAUUAGAAAUUUUGACAGACAUUAAUACAUAUGCAAAUAAUUUGUAUAUAUAAUAUCUGGAAAUCUGUCACAUUGUGACCAUUUAUUUGAUACCAAUUACUAUGGCCAAAGUUGACACUAUUCUUAAAAAUGCUUAGAUAUUCCCAAAUCUAUUUCUGGCCCUGUUUUGUCAUUCAUACAAGAAGUAUAGGGUUCUUACAGCAUCUUGGCAAGUAGAAGCAUUCACUGCAUAUAUCAUGUCAGAUUCAAUACAUAUUUCUUCCUUUAACACAGUGACACUGUCAAUAUUCCUUUUUUUUUUUAAUUUAAUAUUCCUUUUUAUAUUUCAUUCAGGUCCUAGUUUGUGAGGUUUCUAGGCUCUCGAAACAUUAACUUUGACUGAAUAAAACUUACCCAUAACAUUAUAUUUUACCUUUUAAAUACAAAGAAGCUAUGACUGUCUGCUCUUAUAGAAUUGAAAAAGUUUUUUAUAAUGAAAAAAUGCCACACUAAAGUAGAACUUUUUAAAAUUCAAAAAUGGCCAUGCCAGCUUUUUUUUAAAUGCUUCCUGUUUAAUAUA